UAAAUUUGGUUAGCCCCUACUCUUUGGAAACCCCCUUCUCCCUCUUGUGUUCUUGUUCUUCCCUAACAAAGCUUAGCUAAUAUACAAAAAGAAAGGAAUUAAUUUUAUUGUAGUUAGUUGCCCUGCAUGUGCUCUGCCAUCGCACAGAGUUUGCUUUUGUAGGAAAAUAAUCGCACCGCCCAACCUCUCUUUACAAUCUUAUUUUGUCAUAUAACUGCACUUUGAUUCUCUUAACAGUCCCUUUUCUCCUACUUUGAACCAUAUAAAACCUGAGCGUAGUUUUUCAAUUAUAGUCAUAGACAGACAGAUACAAUGGGUGAAGCAAUUCAACAGGAGCCAACAAAGGAAGAAGUGAAAGUAGAGGAAAAGAAGGAAGAACAAACAGAGGAGAAGAAAGAAGAGAAAGUAGAAGAAGAGAAAAAAGAAGAGCCAAAACCACCUUCUCCUUUCGUUUUGUACGUCGACUUGCAUUGUGUUGGAUGUGCCAAGAAAAUUGAGAGGUCCAUUUCAAAGAUUAGAGGUGUUGAAGGAGUAGUGAUAGACAUGGCGCAAAACCAAGUAACAAUAAAAGGAGUAAUAGAACCACAAGCAGUAUGUGACAGGAUUACCAAGAAAACCAAGAGAGUUGCAAAAGUAUUGUCACCCCUACCGGAAGCUGAGGGCGAACCAAUUCCUGAAGUUGUUGCUUCACAGGUAAGUGGAUUGACUACGGUGGAGCUUAACGUCAACAUGCAUUGCGAGGCCUGCGCCGAGCAACUUAAAAAGAAGAUUCUCAGAAUGAGAGGAGUGAGAACUGCAGAAACAGAAGCCAGCACAGGAAAAGUUACGGUGACAGGAACCAUGGACGCCAACAAGCUCGUUGAAUACGUCUAUAGACGCACCAAAAAGCAAGCCAAAAUUGUACCUCAACCUGAACCCGAGAAGCCCCCUGAAGAACCAAAGCCUGAAGAGUCUAAACCAGAAGAGGCAAAGCCAGCUGAAGAAGCUAAGCCCGACGACGGAGCUGCCGAAAAGAAAGACGGCGACGGUGAAAAACCACCGGAGGAGGAAAAGAAAGAGGGCGGUGAAGAACAAGCCGGAGAAGACAAAAAAGAAGGAGAAGAGAUUAUUCCAAUUGGAGAUCAUGAUCAAAUGAACAUUAAUAAGAUGAUGUAUUAUUAUCAGCCACUUUACGUCAUUGAAAGAAUCCCACCUCCGCAGCUCUUCUCCGAUGAAAACCCUAAUGCAUGUUGCAUUACAUAAUAUAACCAAUCAAUAAGAGUUUAUCGAUCCCCACUGAGUUUUAUAUAUUGUGGGACAAUUAAACACGUAGGAGUAUUUAAUAUUUGUUGUAUCGAUGAUUAUGUGAAGAGGAUAUAUAUUAUUAUCCCUAGAUCAUGAAUAAUGAUAAAUACAAAUUUAUCGUGUAAUAUCUAAUUAAUCUUGAACAUAGUGCUUCAA